AAAUGAAAAAUUGAAUGGAAGAUUUCAAGGAGAGACAGGUAGAGAAGAGAGACAAGGACAGAAAAUAGGCGGCAUUCAAAAGUUAUGUCUGUGGUUUGUUUACCACGUGCGUGAAGAACUGAGUAAUUAAAUUAAAAAUCCAGUCAUGAAGAACGGAAUCACAUAUGAAGGGUGUAAUUAUUUGAAACAACGGUUGUUGUUAUCAACAUUGUCUGGGAAACCGGUAAAAAUUGAUAAUAUCAGAGCUACCAAUGAUGAUCCGGGAGUGAGAGCACAUGAAGUUAAUUUGAUACGACUGCUGGACCGAUUGACCAACGGGUCGAAAAUAGAUUUAAAUGAAACGGGAACGAGUCUUUAUUACAGUCCAGGAUUGUUGGUCGGAGGUGAAUUGGAGCAUGACUGCAAUCUAGAACGAGGUAUUGGAUAUUAUCUUGAAGCUGUCAUGAUCCUCGCGCCUUUUUGCAAGAAUCCUGUCAAUAUUAAACUGAGAGGAAUCACCAAUAAUACUCUAGACCCAUCGGUUGAUAGAAUAAAAGCAGCAGGAUUACCAGUACUCGCGAAAUUCGUGAUCGGUGAUUGUGAUCUUGAUUUGAAAGUCACUAAAAGAGGUGCUGCGCCCGAAGGAGGUGGUGAAGUUCAUUUCACAUGUCCUGUCAAUCGCGCUCUGAAGCCUGUCCACUUGUUGGACAGUGGAAUGGUCAAAAGAAUUAGAGGAGUAGCUUGCAGUCUGCGGGUAUCUCCAGCUAUCGCCAACCGCAUGGUGGAGUCUGCGAAAGGAGUCUUGUUGAAAUUCCUUCCAGAUAUUUACAUUCACACAGAUCACUGUCGGAAAGGCAAUGGUGGGAAAUCUCCUGGUUUUGGGAUCACAAUCUCUGCUGAAACUACUACUGGAAUAUUCCUUUGUGGCGAAGCAUGCUCGUCAGUCAUGAAAAAUAAUUCUUUGCCAUGUAAUCCUGAAGAUAUUGGCAAAGAAGCUGCCAUGAAAUUAUUAGAUGAAAUUUACAGGAAUGGGUGUGUAGAUUCUGUUUUCCAAAGAAUGGCGAUCCUCUUCAUGGCACUCGGUAAAAAAGACGUCUCCAAAGUGCUAGUGGGUCCAUUAUCCCAAGCAACAAUCCAAUUUCUACGUGACUUGAAAGACUUCUUCGGGAUAGUAUUCAAAUUAGACCCAGCCAGAGACCAAGAAGACGAAAGUACUCUGGACCAAGUGGUUUUGACUUGCACUGGAAUCGGAUACAGCAAUUUGAGUAGAAGAGUAUUAUAA